AUGUGGUACGUAGAGUCCGCUGAGCGCGGGCUGGCAAUUGCGCAGCUGAUCGGCAUCAUCGUCGCGGUGGUGCUGCUGUGCUGCUGUCGCGACCCACGUGACAACGCGACUGCGCCGAAGGAGCCGACGGACCCCGUGACGCUCGUGUUCACUGACGUCGAGAGCAGCACGGCGCUGUGGGUCGCGUGCCCUGAGGCGAUGUCCGACGCGGUGGCGACGCACCACCAGCUGAUCCGCGAGCUGAUCGCGAAGUACCGUUGCUACGAGGUGAAGACGAUCGGUGACUCGUUCAUGAUAGCGUGCAAGAGUGCGUUUGCCGCCGUGCAGCUUGUGCGCGAGCUGCAGCGGGUGUUUCUGCGGCACGCGUGGGGGACAAGUGUGCUUGACGACGCGUACCGCAAGUUCGAGGAGAGCCGGGCGGAGGAGGGGGCGGAGGCAGAGGGGCACGUGCCGCCGACAGCGCGCCUGGACGCCGCCGUGUACCGGCAGCACUGGAACGGUCUGCGGGUGCGUGUGGGGGUGCACACUGGGCUGUGCGACAUCCGCCGCGACGAGGUUACGGAGAGGUACGACUACUACGGCGGCGCGGUGAACAUGGCGGCACGCACGGAGAGCAUGGGGGGCGGCGGGCAGGAACGGCAGGCGUGGCGCACGGCGCCCAUGCCUCCCGGCGCCCAGCGGCCAGUCCUGGGGUGGUAG